GCCGGCGAACCUUUCAAAGUCUUGGGUCUGAGUUGAGUCCCUAAGAAACCAUGUCGGCCGUCAUAGGCAAACUGCACUCACCUCUCAUUUAAUAUAAAACGAAGUCUCCAUGAAAUAACAGGAAGGCUCGGCCUCAGCUAUGGCCAGCUCGGGUGCUGUGCAGGUGAAACUGGAACUUGGUCAUCGUGCCCAGGUCAGAAAGAAACCCACGGUGGAAGGGUUCACCCACGACUGGAUGGUGUUUGUGCGAGGACCAGAGCACAGCAACAUCCAGCACUUUGUGGAGAAAGUGGUUUUUCAUCUGCACGAAAGCUUCCCGAAACCAAAGCGAGUGUGCAAGGAUCCACCGUACAAAGUGGAGGAAUCUGGAUACGCAGGCUUCAUCUUGCCCAUCGAAGUUUAUUUCAGAAACAAGGAAGAACCGAAGAAAGUUCGCUUUGAUUAUGACUUGUUCCUCCACCUGGAAGGUCACCCGCCCGUCAAUCACCUCCGCUGUGAGAAGCUCACCUUCAACAAUCCAACAGAGGAGUUUCGUAGGAAGUUACUGAAAGCUGGAGGGCAACGAAAUCCUCACAAAAGAAGUUCAGAAGACUCAAAGGUGAUGAUAAUGCAGGAGGGCUCAACCUCCCUGUUUGGCUCCCACCUCAAGCUGGCAACACUUCCCAACAGCUCUGACACAAAGAAAAGCAAAGGCUUUACUGCGUCCAAGGAUGGCUCUACAGGAAACACUUUCCUCAUCAUGGCCACAACCACCAGCUCUGACAACAGCAGCAUCUCCAAACUCCACAAGCCAUUUAAGGACCAUAUAGACAAGACCUCAAAAGAUUUAAAAGACCCCAAAAGUGCCUUCAGGGACUCGGGCUGGGAACCCGGAAAAGCCCCCAAAGAAUCUUCCAGGAAACCCAAAGAGAACCAGCCACUUAGAGAGAUCAAUCCUAAGAUGGGCUUCAAGCAGCCCAAGUCUUUGUCUAAGGAGCGUAGGACUGAGGGGAUAACUCAUGCGUCGAGGUUAAACAAGCGCUUGUCCGGCCUCGAAGGUGACGAUCACGGGACCAAAAGACGCAAAAAGGGGUUUGUGAACUCCUCGGAAAUGCAGAUUUCAGAGUUGGACGGUCCGUGUUUGGAUAAGAAACUACUGAGAGACCGAUCGCAGCUGCACAGCAGUAAGCUACGAGCAGAAAGCGAGGACGCAGACCUCAGGAGCGUGUCCACGCUGCCGCCAUUCCAGGACCUGGUUGAUGCUAAUGACUCUGAUAUGGAGGACCAGUCUGCCAGAUCGGAUUCUGAGCAGCCCAGUCCAGCGGGUUCCAGCUCCAGUUCAAGCUUUGCUCCCACACCCCACAAACGACAAGUGCUUGGCCCGCUGCAGUCAGUGAUGCAGGAUCUGCACUCGGACGACGACGACGAUUCAGAGGACGACAACGACGACGUGGAUUCAGACACGGAUCGAGCAGCACACCUCGCACACCACCAGCACAGGAUUAGUUUAAGUGAUGGCAGCAGAAGUGACAGCUCCUCCCAUUCCCCGCUGUCGUGCAGUGAGGCCCCGCCCUUAUUAAAGUCUACUAAUAACCAGAUAGUGGAAGUAAAAAGUCCCACCAAGCAGAGCAAGCAAGACAAAAGCAUGGAGUGUGAUAAGGUUUACCUGGAUGAGCUGGUGGAGCUGCAUAAAAGACUAAUGACACUAAGAGAAGGUCACAUACUGCAACAGGAGGAGUCUCCUGAUGAAGCAGACUGGUCCCAGUAUGAGGAGAUGCACUGUCUGCAGAACCAGUGUCCACAGCUGGUAGAGACUGGAUCCUUCAGGACGUCCUGGCACAAAGCACAGUAG